CAAAAAACACCAUCUACACACAACUGCAUCAAAAUGGCCAUCACUACUGCUAUCAACGACUUCCUCAGCUCCAUCUACGAGCUCCUCUCCUCCAUCUUCGGAACUGUCUACGCAGUCAUCCACUCCGUCAUCGCAACACUCCUAGGCUUUGUGCGCGGCCUCUUCAACCUCAUCGGCGACGUCACUUCAGGUCUGGUAGACGUCGCAGGCGGCGUGGGCAAGUUUGUUGCCGGCAAUGCUGCUAUUCUUGCUGUUGGCGCCAUCGCGGCUUUUGCCUAUGUGAGAUACACGGCGCAGGGACAGCGUCUUGUGAACAAGAAGACCCAGUAAAGUGUCAGAUAUAACCUCGAGCUUGGGAACAUGGGAAAGGGAGUUAUACACGAUACCCAGAUGUGAUUUGGACCAUGGAUGGGAUUCUCUUAUCAGACAGGAUGGCCUAGGAGGCAUGGAGUAAACAGGUUCAAUGGAAUUUCGACUUUGUUAUUCACGCAUUUCUCAUUGUAAA